AGAAAAAAUGUAGAACUAUUUUUCUUAUGUAGAUUCAUCCGGUGGGUGUUGUAAGGCUACACAAAUCUGUUGGAACAUGCUAGAAUUUCAAAAAUAACUGUAGUUAAUAGUUAUUUAUAGAUAUUAUUAUUACCCUAUCAACACAGCAAAAGCAAUAAGAUGGCAAAACAGAUAAGUCAAGAGACAUUUGACGAUGUUGUCAAAGAGAAUAUUGAAGAUUUUGAAAUGACGGUGGAAGAAGCAAUAGCAGAGGCAGUGCAACAGUUUGAAACUCAAGGUGUGAACUUGACCAUGAUUAUUCGAGAUGCUAGUCUGUACAGUGCAGAUGGACAGAAAAGUGUACACCCUGUUGUUGAGGCGCUCAAUUCCCUUUCUUUAGAUGAAAAACAAGGUGCUGAAGAAUUUGAUCCGAACAAACAUUUAGACAUCGUAAGACAGGAGUGUGACAUUGACUUAUCUAGAAGAUGUUUUGCAGGGAAAAAUAAUGCAUAUCCAGUUUUGCUGAAAACAUUAAAGAACUUCAGAACAAGUAAUAAGGAAAUGUUUGUAAAAACACUAGAAACGAUGUGCUCCUUGUGUAAUGGACAACCAGAUUUGCUUGACGAAGAUGGAGCAGAGUAUUUCAUGGAUAUAAUGAAAGAUGAGAGUAAUGAUGAAACUGUGAUUGCUCUAAUAGUGAAGCUGGUUCGUUUGAACUGCAUAAAGCAUGAAAAUAAUAGGAAAAUGUUUGUUAAAAAUGAUCUGAUUAAAGAGCUUGUGAGAAUCCUUACAUCAAAUAGAAAAUCGCCAACCAUAGUUAAAGAGGUAUCGUAUGGACUGCGUUGUUUGACCCUGGAUGAUGAUCUACGUGUCCCAUUUGGUUCAGCUCAUGAGAAUGCCAAGCAAAUUGUAACUGAAGGUGAUGCACUCCGGAGUAUGCUGGAAAUCUGUUCAGAUUAUACAAGUGAUAUUUCAGUUCAGAGAGAAUUGUUCUCUACUCUCAGUACGUUAGUGGUCAGAGAUGAAUUCUGCCAGGAAGUGAAAGACCUUGGUGGGCUUGAUCUCGUAUUAAAUUCUUUCCAGACAAAUAUUUCACAAAAGGGCAUUGUUAAACAAGUUCUUGGAUUAUUGAAAGCUCUGGCUGGAAAUGAUGAGGUCAAGAUUGCAAUUGUGAAAUCUGAGGGUCUACAGUUAAUCUUAGCAGGCAUGACACAACAUCAAGGUAAUGCUCAUAUAGCUGCAGUAGGAUGUCAGGCACUUGCUGCUCUAGUUUUAAGACAGCCAGCUCAUUGUGCUAUUGUGAUGCAAAACAAUGGACAUCAUGUGAUAUUACAAACUAUGAAAGUACAUCCCAAUGAUGAAAAUGUUCAGAAACAAGCAUGUAUGGCUAUUAGAAACAUAGUAGCAAGGACACGUGAUCACUGCACAGCUAUACUUGAAAUGGGAGCGGAGGAGUUGAUUAAUCGAGCUCGGAAUCUAAAGUCAUGCGAGGACGAGGCCAAGGCGGCCCUCAGAGACUUGGACUGCCAGGUUGACCUGAAAAUUAGAUGGACAGGAGAAAAAGGAAGUCUAGCACAAGAAGCUUACUGACCUUAUAGUGUUAGAAUUUCGUAGAUUGUGUAUUUCAUUUCAUAAUUUUGAACUUAUAAAAAAAAGAAAAAAAAGGGAGGCUGAUCAUCCUAGACUGAAGAUUUUUACUUUAUAAUUCAGUGUGUUCUGUUGAUUUUUUAUGUGGCAUUAUUUGAGCCGCCUCACGACAAAACCAACAUAGUGCGUUUGCGAACAGCAUGGAUCCAGACCAGCCUGCG